AUGUUGGAAUUUCUUAUUUCACAUGGUGCUGAUAUCAACAUUAAAGAUUACUGCGAAAGAACAAUUUUAAAUCAUGCAACAGACAAUAAAGAAGUAAUGGAAUUACUCAUUUCACAUGGUCUUGAUAUCAAUGCAAGAGAUAAAUUUGGAAAAACUGAACUUCAUUACGCAGUAUACUAUAAUGACAAAGAAUUGAUAGAAUUUCUAAUUUCGCAUAAUGCAGAUGUCAACAUUAAAGAUAACGAUGGAAUGGCAGUUAUUCAUUAUGCAAAAACGAAAGAAUUAAUAGAAUAUCUUAUUUUACAUGGUGCGAAUAUCGAGGCUGUUGA